UAGAUAAUAACUCAUAGUCCUGACAGUAGUAGAUAAUAACUCAUAGUCCUGAUGUCUAAGGUGAAGAGUAGUGAGACGGUGAAGGUAGUAAUCCGCUGUCGCCCGUUAAACCGGAAAGAGGAGGCGGCAGCGGCUGGUGUUACCCGGACACCGGGAGGAGUGGGCGGGAUCGUAGAAAUGGACAUGCGUCUGGGUCAGGUGGUCUUAUGGAACCCUCACGGUCCGCCCGGCGAGCCUCGUAAGACGUUUACGUUCGACUCUGUGUACGACCCCUCGUCUAAACAGCGUGAUCUUUAUGAUGAGACGGUGCGGCCGCUGAUCGAUUCCGUCCUAGACGGGUUUAACGGAACCAUCUUCGCCUACGGCCAAACGGGUACCGGGAAGACCUACACCAUGCAGGGGGUGUGGCUAGAGCCAGAGAGGCGGGGCGUCAUCCCCAACGCCUUCGAACACGUCUUCACCCAGAUCUCCCGCUCCUCCGCCGACCGCCAGUACCUGGUCAGAGCCUCUUACCUGGAGAUCUACCGAGAGGAGAUCAGGGAUCUAUUGGAUCCCAACAUGCACGCACCUCAUGUCCCCAACGUGCACACUCACACCCACCACACCCUGGAGCUGAGAGAGAGCCCGGAGAGUGGGGUGUAUGUGCGUGACCUGACGUCGUGCGUGUGUAAGAGCGUGAAGGAGAUACAGGAGCUGAUGAACUUAGGGAACCAGGUGCGCUCGGUGGGAGCAACAGACAUGAACGAACACUCUUCCCGUUCCCACACCCUGUUCCUCAUCACGGUGGAGUGUUCCCUGCCGGGGCCAGAUGGACGGCAGCACAUCAGGGUUGGCCGGCUCAACCUGGUUGACCUGGCGGGCAGCGAGCGGCAGGCCAAGACGGGCGUCCACGGAGAACGCCUGAAAGAAGCGGCCAAGAUCAACCUGUCUCUGUCGGCGCUAGGAAACGUGAUCUCAGCACUGGCAGACGGGCGUAGCGGCCACGUUCCGUACCGGGACUCCAAAUUGACACGGUUAUUACAGGACUCCCUGGGGGGCAACGCCAAGACGGUGAUGGUGGCUACGCUAGGCCCCGCCCCCCAACACUACGAGGAGACCCUCACGACGCUUCGCUACGCUAACAGAGCUAAAAACAUCCAGAACCAGCCAAGAGUUAACGAAGACCCUAAAGACGCCCUGCUCAGAGAGUUCCAGAAGGAGAUUGCAUGGCUCCGCGCACAGCUCAGCCACAGGGAAGGGAGGGGCAAACACAGGAAGGAGGAAGGGGAGGAGGGCUGGGACGGAGAAGGGGAUGAGGAGGUGGAGAAGGAGAGGACGCUGCAGGAGGGGAGGCUUGAAGAGGAGAAGGAGGCCAUCAGAGAAGACGGAUCACUAUUGGCUGAGGAGAAGCAGAGGCUUUUGGGAGAGAAGGAGAGGAUGAUGGGAGAUCUGAAGAAGGAGUGGGAUGCCACCGAGCAGCUCACUGCCAAGUACAAGGCGAUGGAGAGCAAGCUGCUGGUUGGAGGGAAGAACAUCAUGGAUCACACCAACGAACAGCAGAAGACCCUGGAGAUACGCAGACAAGAGAUCGCUGAGCAGAGUCGUAGAGAGAGGGAGAUUCAGCAGCAGGUGAUGGUUCAGGAUGAAGAGACUCUAGAACUGAAAGAAACAUUCUCCUCCCUGCAACAGGAAGUGGAGGCCAAGACCAAGAAACUAAAAAAGCUCUAUGCUAAGCUGCAGUGUGUGAAGGCUGAGAUCCAGGAUGUUAAUGAUGAGCACGUCAGGAGUCGACAGGAGCUGGAGCAGACGCAGAACCAACUCACCAGAGAACUCAAGUUCAAGUUUCUGAUCAUAGAGAACUUCAUUCCUCUGGAGGAGAAGAAUAAGAUCAUGAACAGACUGACCUUUGACCCUGAGGAGGACCAGUGGAAGUUCACACCCCUCGUCCCUGCAGAGAGGUCAGGUCAGUUCAGCCAGAUGAAGAAGAGGCCGGCUUCUGCAGUCGGAUACAAACGACCAAUCAGCCAGUACGCACGGGUCUCCUUAGCGAUGGGAGCUCACUCCAGAUACCGGGCUGAGAACAUCAUGUUCCUGGAGCUGGACAUGACUCAUCCCACCACUGUCUCAUUGGACCACCGGCCAUCGGAGGUGGGGCCUAAUUAUAGCCCCUACCCAACAGACAACGUUCCCCACAGGGAGCGAGCUGCACGUGUCCGCAUGUCACGAUCCUGGUGUCAGACCCCGCGAGCCAUCACUUCCUCCACCUCCACCGUUUCCCUGGCAACCCAUUCUACAGCCACGCCCACUGCCGCCCAGUGAAGAGCAGCCUACCUCACUACCUAUCCCGUCCAUAUCUCUCUCUCCCUUCCAUAUUUCUCUCUCUCCUUCUCCAUAUUUCUCCCUCUCCCUUCCAUAUCUCUCCCUCUCCAUAUCUCUCCUUUCCAUCUCCCCCUCUCCAUAUCUCCCUCUCCCUUCCACAUAUCUCCCUCUCCCUUCCAUAUCUCUCCCUCUCCCUCUCCAUAUCUCUCCCUAUCUCCCUCUCCAUAUCUCUCCCUCUCCCUCUCCAUAUCUCUCCCUCUCCCUCUCCAUAUCUCUCCCUCUCCAUAUCUCUCCCUCUCCCUUCCAUAUCUCUCCCUCUCCCUUCCAUAUCUCUCCCUCUCCAUAUCUCUCCCUUUCCCUUCCUACUUCUACACAUCUCCUUCCCUCCCUACAGGCUAUGAACACUGAACUAAAGAAACGAGACAUAAUGGCCUGUCUACCUACAGGCUAUGAACACUGAACUAAAGAAAUGAGACAUAAUGGCCUGUCUACCUACAGGCUAUGAACACUGAACUAAAGAAAUGAGACGUUAUGGCCUGUCUACCUACAGGCUAUGAACACUGAACUAAAGAAAUGAGACGUUAUGGCCUGUCUACCUACAGGCUAUGAACACUGAACUAAAGAAACAAGACAUAAUGGCCUGUCUACCUACAGGCUAUGAACACUGAACUAAAGAAACAAGACAUAAUGGCCUGUCUACCUACAGGCUAUGAACACUGAACUAAAGAAACGAGAUGAUCGAUGGUACUAGUAGUUUCUCCUCUGAUUUCAAUAAUCAAAGAUCAGGUUCGUGUUCUGAACUCUGAACUCCCUGCCGCAUACCGGAUCAAAGUGAGACGGAGGAACUCCUGAAACUUUUCUUGGCUCAGAGAAAUGCCGAUGCCUACUUCAAACAUCCUGGUUCCGCGAGCAUCACAUUGGAACAUGAUGAGGUCCACAACAUGGUUCAGUGAUGAGUUAUGUUGAUGAGGUCCACCACAUGGUUCAGUGGUGAGUUAUGUUGAUGAGGUCCACCACAUGGUUCAGUGGU